AUGAAUACUAUAUCUAUUGAUAUUAAUUCACCAUUUUUGCCAUCAAUUGGGCAAUUUUCUAAUCAACUUUCAAAUAAUAUUUUUGCCAAUAUUCGACAAAUUACACCAUCAAACCAAACAAAUCAUAUUAUUCAUCCAACAUUAUGUUUAAAUCAAGAUAAUAAGGGUAAUCAAAUUACGCCGGUAUCUUAUGACCAAUAUCUUGCUAUGGUAAAUACAAUUAAUUCAGCAGAAACAACAUCAGCCCAUAAUCAGGGAUAUAUUUUUUCAUCACCUACUUAUAGGCAAGGAAUAACAUUUUUGUCUCCGAGUAAUUUGAUUACAUCACAAUCACAUCAAAUUAAUCAUAAUGUUAUGAAGACAUUAUCUCAACAAAAACCUUCAAAUGUUAUAUCAAAUUCAUCGAUAAUGGAAAAAAUAAAAAUACAAGAUUCUAGUAUUCUUCCGUUUUCAUUAUCAUUGUCAUCUUCACCAUCAAAUUCUACAUCAUCAACAUUACCAAUUAAUAUUAUCCAUCCUAAGUGUAAUGAGAAAAAAUCGAUUAAACAAAAAAUUGUUGAUCUCACUCAAAAUUCAAAACAAAAAAAUGUUCGUGGUAGUAACAUUCUUGUUAAAGGAAGAAAUGGAAAAGUUGUCAAAGGAAGAUCGUCAAAAAAUUGUAAAUCUCAAUCUUCACGACAAAAUAGAAUUGCUCAUAAUGAGAUGGAAAAAAAUCGUCGUGCUAAUCUUCGUGGACAUUUAGAAAUGUUAAGAACUGUCGUUCCAAGUGCAACAAUUUCAAGUCGUGAUACAACAUUAGCUCUCCUUACAAGAGCAAACAAUCACCUUAAGACAAUAAAGGAAAACAAGAUCAAAAUGAUGGAGCAAAAAGAAAAGUUGUUAGCGCGUAAUCAAGAAUUAAAGACAAAGAUUGCUCAUUUAAAGAGUAAAAUAAACACUCGCAAAAAUAAGACGGUUUCCUAUAUUAGUAAUAUCUCAUCUUUGAGUACCACUACCACAACUUUAUCAAUUGCCGGAUCAACAUCCUCAACAUCAUCACCAAUAAUGAGUUACCAUUCAAUGAUUUUUAAUUUGAAUAAGACAACAAAAUCUCCAACAAAGCAGUAUCCAGAAGUAUCACAAACAAAUAUUAUUGUUAAUAAACAAUAUUCAUAUGAUCCAUAUAAUGAUGGUCUUAUUGCCGCUUUACCAUUAACAUACCCUUACAAUAAUGGUGCUAUGCCUGUUUCUUAA